UGUGAAUACUCGCAAGUUAGUGGGAGCUACACACAUGCUACCUGAAUUGCUUGUGCACUAUGAUCCUGACACAUGUCCAUCUCCAAGCACUCUGGGACCAGAUGUGUUAGUGGACCAAGUUGCUGUAACUGAAUGCCUGAGAGGGGCAGGCUUUGAUGUCAGUCGCCUGCAACCAAAUGCACCAUAUAUUGGAAGCAGCCUAAACAAACACAGACAUUCAUGGGCUGAAACAGGGAUGCAGGGCAGUUCUGCAGAUCUCAACAAUUUUCAAUUGGAAGUUGAUAGUGCAAAUUCAUCUCCAGGCCUUCCUGAUAAAUACAAUCACCAUCCGCGAGAAGAGUUGACAUUUGAGUCUAUGAAAAAGAUUCUCUCAGAGUCCACAGACAAUAAAAAAGAAGAAGAAGAAAAACAAAGAAUGGAACUGAGUGAACGUUUCCGAACUGCAGCAUUUGAAGAUCUUGUGGAAAGAACGCAAGAGGUAUGCUUCAGCACAAA